CAAGGAACGACUGAGAGUGUCGUCGGCACAAGCAACGGGCAUUUAUUAUAUUGCUAUAUUAUAUAUUAGUAUUAUAGAUAUAAUAUCUCGCUGCUCCCAUCCAUGCCCUGGAAGUUCGCAGUCUCUGCACGUCAGGCGCCAUUCGCUCCUUUGAGCCGACGCAGCGUGUCCACCGCCCGAUUUGUUCGCACCGCAGUAACCCUGGCGCCCCCCACCAAGCUCUCGCUCCCCCCCUCUCUCUCCCCUCCCCCCUCCUUUCUUCCCUCCGUCUCAGCUUCGUCCGCACGCAUUGCCUCGUCCGCCUCUUCGCGUGCCUCCCUCCUGUCCAGACAUCUCUCCUCGUCCGCUGCCCGGCAGUCGUCCACCCACAAAAUGUCCUACGCAACCUCCCCGUCGGAGUACACCAUCCGCAAGGUUGGCCAGCCCAACACGCUGGACCACCGUGUCUUCAUCGAGAAGGACGGUGUCCCAGUCUCCCCCUUCCACGAUAUCCCUCUCUACGCCAAUGAGCAGCAGACCAUCCUCAACAUGAUCGUCGAGAUCCCCCGCUGGACCAACGCCAAGCAGGAGAUCUCCAAGGAGGAAUUCCUCAACCCCAUCAAGCAGGAUGUCAAGAAGGGCAAGCUUCGCUACGUCCGCAACUGCUUCCCCCACAAGGGUUACCUCUGGAACUACGGUGCCUUCCCCCGCACCUGGGAAGACCCCAAUGUCGUCCACCCCGAGACCAAGGCCAAGGGGGACAAUGACCCGCUCGACGUCUGCGAGAUCGGUGAGCUUGUCGGCUACACCGGUCAGAUCAAGCAGGUUAAGGUUCUCGGGGUGAUGGCCCUUCUGGAUGAGGAGGAGACCGACUGGAAGGUCAUCGUCAUCGACAUCAACGACCCUCUAGCUCCCAAGCUCAACGACAUUGAGGAUGUCGAGCGUCACCUUCCUGGCCUUCUCCGUGCUACCAACGAGUGGUUCCGGAUCUACAAGAUCCCCGAUGGCAAGCCCGAGAACCAGUUCGCCUUCUCUGGCGAGUGCAAGAACAAGAAGUACGCCUUGGAUGUCAUCCGUGAGUGUGCCGACGCCUGGGAGAAGCUCAUCACCGGCAAGACUCCCCGUGGCGAAGUCAGCGUUGCCAACGUCUCCGUCGAAGGCUCCGCAGACCGCGUUGACCAGGCUCAGCUCGCCAAGAUCCCCAAGGGCGAGAGCCUUCCUGCGGCUCCUAUCGAUGGCAGCGUUGACAAGUGGUUCUUCAUCUCCGGUGCUGCUGUAUAAACUUAUGAUAUCAUGCAAGUAUUAAAAGUCAGUGAACUUGGUAGAUAGAAAGCAUCUUGUUUUCUUAUUUCACUUAUACACCCGUAUUUAACUGGGUUGUAGUUUGUUCCUUGG